GGCGGCCAUUUUGUGGCGUUAAGUAGGCGCGCGCGGGCAGCGCCCCGCUCAUUUCCUCGCGGCGGCGGGCGCGGGCGGUGGCUGCCGGCGCCUCGUCCCCGCUCCGGCCCUCGGCCGCCUCCCGGAGCCCCGAGCCGCCGCCGCUGCCCCUCGGGGGUUGUUGCCCGCCAUGAGUUACGGGCGCCCCCCGCCGGACGUGGAGGGCAUGACGUCCCUCAAGGUGGACAACCUGACCUACCGCACGUCCCCGGACACCCUCCGGAGGGUCUUCGAGAAAUACGGCCGAGUCGGCGACGUCUACAUCCCCCGGGACCGCUACACCAAGGAGAGCCGAGGGUUCGCCUUCGUCCGUUUCCACGACAAACGCGACGCCGAGGACGCCAUGGACGCGAUGGACGGGGCCGUGCUGGACGGCCGGGAGCUCCGGGUGCAGAUGGCCCGCUACGGCCGGCCCCCCGACUCGCACCACAGCCGCCGUGGCCCGCCGCCACGCCGCUAUGGGAGCAGCGGCUACGGCCGCCGCAGCCGCAGUCCUAGAAGACGCCGUCGCAGCCGAUCUAGAAGCAGGAGCCGCUCUAGGUCCCGCAGUCGGUCUCGUUACAGUCGGUCCAAAUCCCGCUCUCGCACACGCUCUCGGUCUCGCUCCACGUCGAAGUCCAGAUCUGCCAGAAGAUCCAAGUCAAAGUCCUCGUCUGUGUCUAGAUCCCGGUCCAGGUCAAGAUCUCGGUCUAGAUCUAGAAGCCCUCCACCUGCAUCAAAGAGGGAAUCCAACUCCAGAUCCAGGUCUAAGAGCCCUCCCAAGUCUCCGGAAGAAGAAGGAGCUGUAUCCUCCUAGGAGAAUGCUGCGGUCUCCUGUUUGCUAAAAGAAUAUUGGCCAGUAUUGCAGAUUUUAACUGAUUUGGCUGAUCCUCCAGGGACCAGUUUCUGUGGGCGUGUGUUGGAGCAGGUUUGUCUUUAAAUGUUAAAGAUACACUAUCCUUUUAUAAUGGAAGAUCGGUUCAGUGGCCAUUAUACUGACUGGAGGUAACUGUUCUAGAAAAGUGGCAAAUUCAUUGCAACGAGAAAACAACGGAAACUUAAUUUUUCCUCAAGUCGACAACUUGAAGAGGCUUCUAAGGAUACACACCGGGUGGGGAAAGGAUAGUGUGUCUUUAACCCUUCAAACUGUUUGGUCCUAUUUUUUAAAAGGAAAGGGCCUAAGCUAGCUCUGAAGUUAGAUAAUUGUAGCCAAAGUAGUGAUACUUUGUUUUGAAUGCUAAUUAGAGUUUAGUUAAGUUUUUAUCGAGCAGUAUUAGUUUUAUAACUUUAACUUUUAAUAAUUUAUUGUUAAACAGGCUGGUUUCAAGUUAAUGGUGGUUCGAUCUACAGCCUGAUGCUUAUUCUUCUUUGUAACUAAAUACUUCGGCAGAACCUUACGUUUGGCCUCUGAAUUAAAGCAACACGUGGGGGGAGGUGGAACACUGUGGUCAUUUCUAAAACUUUAAGAAAUUAGGCAAAGCCAGUUGAAACACAACUAGAAGUAUACCUGAAGUCAUCCACACAAGUGAAAAAAAGACAAGGUAGAAACCUAGCUGAACUCUUCUUUCUUCAAACCUAGAUGCAUCAGAUAAAUGAGAGCCUACAUAAAGGACGCCUUUGGGGGGAAAAGAUCGCUUGAGUCUUCAGUCCAUGGGAGAGACCCCUGGCCCAAGCAACCAGCUGUUGAAAAGGUUAUUUUGUAACAUUUUGUCUAACUUUUUACUUGUUUAAGUUGCGCCUCAAGUGGCAGAUUUUACAUUUUUAUGUGCCAUUUUGUUGCUGUUAUUCAAAUUUCUUGUAAUUUAGUGAAGUGAACGACUACCGAUUUCAUUAUUGGCUUGGAUAUUUGAGGUAAAACUUCAUUUUUGUUUAUAUAGUGCUGACUUUUAUUUGAAAUUAAACUGAUGGCAACUUGCUGCCUCAAGUUUCAUACUGAGGAAAUAUGCAGCUGUUAUAUGCUGAGUAGCUAACUGUCAAAAAAAAAAAAGUAUGCUCAAUUUUGUCUUCAUUCCUUAAAUAAGAUUCUGCAAAAUUUAAACAAUUUGAAAUUUAUUGUAAAUGCUUUUUUACUUUGAAUUCAAAUAGUAUCUUCAAAUCCAAAUUGGUAGAAAUCUUUUCAGGUGACAGUUGAUGUUUGAAAGGAUUGUUUUAUCAGACUCAAUUCUAAUCUCUUCUCUUAUGUAUUUUUGUGCACUAGGCGCAGUUGUGUAGCAGUUGAGUAAUGCUGGUUAGCUGUUAAGGUGGCGUGUUGCAGUGCAGAGUGCUUGGCUGUUUCCUGUUUUCUCCUGAUUGCUCCUGUGUAACGAUGCCUUGUCGUGCAGAAACAAAUGGCUGUCCAGUUAAUUAAAAUGCCUGACAACUGCACUUCCAGUCACCCGGGCCUUGCAUAAAAAUAACGGAGCAUACAGUGAGCACAUCUAGCUGAUGAUAUACACACCUUAUUUUUUCCAGAAUGGUAAAUCUUGCCAACAUGCAUAUAUGAACUUACAUUUGAGAAAUGUAAUGUUAAGAAAGAAAUGGUUCAUUCCUCUGUAAGUACUGAUUGGUGUAUCUUUUGCUUAAGACAUCCUGUACUAUACCCACUGUCUCUGUAGUUAAUAUUAAACAUUUUUCUGUGUUAACUUUUCUCAA